AAGAAUGCGCCAAUAGCCAAAAUUGGAACGGUAACGACGAAUGACCAUUGACCUACCGUCGCUCAAAUCGCCUCCGCUCGCGAUCCAUUGCUGAGGAGGAGAGCUUCGAUGCGCGAAUGGCAUCGGCGGAGGCGAACGAAGGAGAUCGCGCGGUGGAGCUGAUCGUGAGCGUCGCUUCUUCGCCGCCCGACGAUGUCAAUGGUGAUGACGCGCCGGAGAUAACGCCUCUGUUGAAUCAGUCCGAGAAGCCUAAGAUCAACAUAUUCGCCGUCUCCUAUCCCCGACGAAACCCUAGGGAGCAAGUAAUCAGAUCACACGAUGCCGAGGUGUCUCCUGCGGUUCAGUGUGCUCUGUGGGUGUGGAGUGGAUCCAGAUACUCUGGUCUGCUAUGCAUGGCCGCCUCGUCGAUGAUCUACUUCUUGAUGGAAGCUGUUUCUGAUGCUUUCGCUGCUCAGUCGAUUCCAUUGUUUGAGACCGCAUUUGCUCGAUGUACACUAAUUUUGAUAUCAUCAUAUCUGUGGUUAAGGAAGGGUGGACAGCCAUUAUUUGAGCCCAAACCUGCUAGAAAGCUUUUAUUUUCAAGAGCUGUACUUGGAUAUCUCUCACUAAUGAGUUUUAUCUAUUGCAUUCAAAGAUUACCUUUGUCUCAGGCCAUUGUUUUGAGCUUCACAACUCCAAUUAUGGCUUCAAUAGCAGCAAGAGUCAUAUUGCGGGAGAAGUUGAGAAUUGGGGAUAUAGGAGGUCUUGCUUGCAGUUACUUUGGUGUGCUUUUUAUCUUCCAGCAGAUGCUUAUCACACAAGGGGGGUUAAAUAAAGCGGGCAAAGUACAAGCUUAUGCUAAGGGAAGUCACCAUAUAUUGGCAGUGCUAGGUGGCUUAUUUUCAGCAAUAACUGGUGGAAUCAGCUAUUGUCUUAUUCGAGCAGGAGCCAAAGAAACAGAUCAACCUAUGGCGACUGUGUUUUCAUUUGCCUUGCUGGCUAGCCCUGCUGCUGGAAUCUGUGCAUUUUCCUUUGAGGAUUUUGUGCUGCCUAGCGUUUACACAGUUUUCCUGAUGGCGGUAUUUGGAGUGCUGGCCUUUCUGGCAGAGCUGCUGUUGGCGCGUGCUCUUCAGCUUGAAAAGACUAGCAAAGUUUCAAACAUCCAGUUCAUUGAGGUUGCGCUAUCACAGUUAUGGGGAAUUGGCGCACGAAGGCUAUCUCCAUCUUUUGGGCGGCUUGUUGGGUGUUUUCUCAUCCUAAUUUCAGCGUGCAGCACCAUGUACAAUGGACCCGAUAAAGAGACUACCUAAGGUGAAACGAUAGCAAAGGCAUUCUUUUAGUUCCAUUUCACAAGCAAACAUUCGCCAGUCGCCACCAGGUGCACUCAUUCUUUGUAGCUGUCGGAAAAAUGUUGCACAGAAAUGAACCGGGUCUAUUAUUGCCCCUAACUGGUUUUUAACUCUUGGCAUUUGCAAACUCAACAGUAUUUUGAUGGCAAGAGGCCGUCGACUUUUUGUAACUAGAGAAGGUCAUGAAAAGAAAUAUACACGCUCACUCUUUGGAGCAACUGCUUACAGAUCAUUACUCUGAAA